UAUAAAUUCUUUCCAUGAGUAUUAUUAUAAAUAUAAUAUCAGCAUCAACAGAUAUCAAUUUUCAAAAUUGAAUCGAGUAAAUAUUGUUCUAUUUUUACUAUAUUUAUUACAACGUUUCUUUUUAUAGAGUAUAGUAUUUUUCUAUGUAGUGUAUAUGAAAAAAUACAUUAAACAUAAUGAUUUUUAGACGUUAUAUUUAACCUUCAAAUCUCUUACCAUGAUGACACUUGCUUUUGCUUCAAAAUGUUUUUAUCACUGUCAUAUAAACAGGUCUGACCGUGGUCCGGACAUUCGCUAGGGAAAGCCAUCUGUCUGUUGAGUCGAAAAAUGUUAAGAUGGCGAGGAAAAAUAGCUCUCCUUUUGCAAAGCAACACAGAUGAGUGGAGUGUCGCUGUCUCUGCCUGAGGUAAUAUAGUACCUAUAUGUAUAUAUAAAUAUAUAUACAUGUAUAUUUUACGCAUGCGCAGAACAAGACCUUUUCUUGUCCUCCAUCUUGAUUUUCUUCAACUCAGGAAACGGACGGUUUCAUCAGUGUGGUUUCGGUAUAAGAAUUUUCAGAUCUGUAUCUGUAGUUUCUAUGUUUGUUUGUAGUAGUGUGUAGUAACUAACAGUAUAUGAGUCACGACGCGCGCUAUAGCGCGCCAUUAUACUCUCUAUUCUUCUAUAAACUGCAUUAUUCGCUGUGGGAACUAUUUUCAAAGUAAAAAACGAUGUACUCAACAGAAAGUGAUAGUAUAAACAAUAGUAACAAAUACAGUGAUGAUGUCGCAGAUGCGUUGGUAUUUUCGGGAAACAGCGUCAGUCCUCUCAAGGGCCCUUUAUUACAAACGGCACCCACAGACCGCUAUGCCCUAUAUUACAACAUGAAUCAUGCAAAACGUGGAUUAGCUAUUAUUUUUAACCAUGAAUUUUUCACUAUUACACAUCUCAAACCAAGAUGUGGAACAAAUGUUGAUUGUGAAAAUCUUGUCAAUACAUUUAAAGAUCUUGGUUUUGAAGUAAAUGAUUUUCAUAAUUACACACAUAGAGAUAUAAUGAAAAAUUUAGAAAGAGUUGCUGACAUGGACCAUUCUGAACAUGAUUGCCUAGUUGUAGCUAUAUUAAGCCAUGGAGAUUUAGGAAUACUUUAUGCUCAUGAUACUUCUUAUAAGCCUGACUCCAUUUGGUCUCUCUUUACAUCUGAUAGAUGCCCUACGCUUGCUGGCAAACCAAAACUAUUUUUUAUACAAGCUUGUCAAGGGGAUAAAUUAGAUGCUGGUACAACAUUAAAAGAACGUACAGAAACUGAUGGUGAAUCAGUUACAACAUUCCGUAUACCAUGUCACGCAGAUUUUUUAAUUGCAUACUCCACAAUACCAGGUUAUUAUUCUUGGAGAAAUACUACUCGCGGCUCGUGGUUCAUGCAAGCGUUGUGCCUAGAACUACGAAAAAAUGGUACUCGCCAUGACUUGUUACAUUUGCUCACAUUUGUUUCUCUGCGAAUUGCUGUUGAUUUUGAAUCCAAUACUCCAGAUAAUAUCACAAUGCAUCAACAAAAACAAAUUCCGUGCAUUACGUCGAUGUUAACUCGUCUAGUAAUGUUUACACCUCCUAAAAAUAACAUUGUAUAGUCGUUUUAUGCACGAAAGAUUUAUGAUAUAUGAUAUGCUAUAAAGUACAUAUAUAUAUAUGUAUUUUUUUAAUUACAAAUAAUGAUACCUUUCCAAGUAAGUGGGUAUCGCAUAUUUACAUAUUUUACAUUUUACAUCUCAUUCUUUUAACAUUGUUCUCUGUUGUUAGUUUGGAAUGUGUAUCUAUUAUGGGCUCUACAGUCCACAAGGUAUAAAAAGUUAACUUUGCCUGGUCAAUGUCAGCAUUAUAUACCGCUAUUUGACAAAGUUCAGGGAAAAUUGAUAGCAAUUUUGCUCAUAUUACAGUGGGUCUUCAAGAUUUUCCCCGAACUUCGUCGACGAGCAGUGUCUAAUGUUGACAAUAGCCGGUCAAGGUCGACUCCACAUUCUGUACUCUUUACUUCUUCUAUUUCCUGCUACUCUCAGUUUCAUUGUACUCAUUUUUUUCUUUCCUCCUCCUUUUUGAAAGAUUAAUCCCUUGCCAUACCAUUUAACUCGGAAGAAUUCGGGCCCAAACGUUGCGCCCGUAUGGUAGGGAAAGGAGUCGAAGCGACGGAGACAGAGUGUCGGAACUUGCAACAUGAUAUCGUGCAACUGAAUGCAUUAGAUAGUCGCGCCCGUGUUUAGAAAAAACACACCAUUCGAGACAUUCAUACUUGACCGGAGAUUAAGACCACGAGCCUGACUCGUGAUAUUCAGGUUUAAUUCAAAAUUUUCAUCGCGAUUCAGACUCGUCAAAGGCAAAAUGGCAAGGAAUGGCAAGGCAUUUUCAUUUCUUCCAUGUUUGAUUCUAUUUUUUUUUUUUUUUUUUUUUUUUUUUUUUUUUUUUUUUUUUUUUUUUUUUUUUUUUUUUUUU